UCUCUAGCUCAGUUCUUUCGUCCUCAUAUCUUUUGCAGUCUAACAGAAUGUGUUUCGCCCUGCUAUGCCCUUGUAGAUUUACCCAAUAUGCCAGCAUGAUCUUAACCCUCCUGAUACACAAUGGCAUCUCUCCUGUUUCAACCUGUAAUGCAGUCACUGGUGAUGUUUAAAUGCUCUAGUACAGAUCCGAAGUGCUUGUGCCUGUUCUACAUCAAGCUUUUUAAGAUUUGAUUGUGAUGCUGACAUAUAUUCUAGGCAGCCAUAAUCAAAGGCGGCCCUCUUAAGAGCCUGAUAUAUAUUUAUGAGCAAUGCCCUACUUGCUCCCCACUCUCGCCCGGACAGACAUCUCAGAACAUUACUAAUCUUUUUACAUUUGUUUUUAAUUUUAUCAAUAUGCAGACCCCAGGUCAGCUUACCUAUACGCCUACCAAAAUAAGGGUCCUUAAAUAAUCGGGUAGCUCCCACCCUAUUGGUCUGCCGAAGCCACACCCCGAGCAGAGCCAAUAGGAUAGUUAAAUCACUUAUCAUGUCACAUUAGUGAACAACUCAUUAGUUAACAUUAGUAAACAAUUAGUAAACAUUAGUAAACAACACAUUAGUAAACAACAAUUCUCUGGAUUUUAAACAUCAGUUACUAACAAAUUUGUAGCUGAUUAUUUUGUUUGUGAAUAACAAUAAUUGACAUGUGUUAUCCUUUUUGAGCUACUAAGGCUACUGAAGACAGAAAUGUGAAUAUGUGAAAGUGAAACUAACUUUACCGCAGUCUCUUUCCUAUGUAAGUGCAGUACAGAGAGGAUAAAUUGCUGCUAGUAUGUUGUAUUGUAUGUGAUUAAAUGCAUUAGAGAAUCAUGAACACAUAAUACUGAUGAAGUUUCAGCAAAAGGAUAGAUUAGAGUUUAGAUUCGCGAGUCAGCUCCCAACGUUCACCAAAAGAUCCGGAUCAAAGAGUCGACUCAUUCCUGAACGACUCAUCACCUGCAAUGAAUCCUCCUUCCUAAAGUGAAAGCGUUUCUCCCUCAGACUCCAUUUUGUGGAGCGAUUUUAAACUUUUAAAGAAACUAAGGCAGAAACGGUGAUAUUAAUGUCACACAACAAGGGCUGUUGACUAAAGGAGUGUGCUCCAUUCCAGCAGAAGAGAUCAGACUCUUCAGGACUCAACUGUGUGUUUGUGCAAACUUUACUAAUUUUCAAAGAUGGAGCCUCCUGAUCUGGACACAGAUAAUGUUUCCCCACACUCAAAAACCAGUAAACUCCAGGGAAAGAGAUCAGAAUCACCAGCACCCAGCUGUAUCUCCAUGAAGAGUGAUUGGUCUAUGGAUAUUCCUCUGGAGUUUAAAGAUGGAGACUCCUCACUUCUACACAGUGUUCCACAGAGAGCAGGAGACAGAAUAGAAAAGAACAUCAUCACAGAUACAGGGCACGACGCAGAAUCUGCUGCUGUGAAUGAAUUCCAGAAAAAGUUCAAAUUAAACCUGAUGAAGAAGUUUGAGUGUUUGAAUGGAGUGAUAAUAAACCUGGGAAACCAAACACUCCUGAAUGAGAUCUACACAGAGCUCUACAUCACAGAGGGAGACAGUGGAGAAGUCAAUAAAGAACAUGAGGUGAGACAGAUCGAGGCAGCAUCCAGGAGAACAACAACAGAGGAAACACCAAUCAAAUGCAACGACAUCUUUAAGCCCUUAUCUGAACAAGACAAACCCAUCAGAACUGUGCUGACAAAGGGGGUCGCUGGCAUCGGAAAAACAGUCUCUGUGCAGAAGUUCAUUCUGGACUGGGCUGAAGGGAAAGCAAAUCAGGACAUCCACCUCAUAUUUCCACUUCCUUUCAGAGAGCUGAAUUUGAUGAAGGACCAGAAACUGAGUCUGAUGGAGCUCCUUCAUGUCUGCUUUAAUGAAACAAAAGAAACAGAAAUGUCCAGUUUGGAAAAGGUUCUGUUCAUUUUUGACGGAUUGGACGAGUGUCGUUUUCCUCUAGAUUUCCAGAACACAGUGAGAGUGUGUGAUGUAACUGAAUCAGCAUCGGUGCAUGUGCUGCUGAUAAACCUGAUCAAAGGGAAUCUGCUUCCCUCUGCUCUCAUCUGGAUCACCUCUCGACCAGCAGCAGCUGAUCAAAUCCCCUCUGAGUGUGUCCAUCGAGUCACAGAGGUACGAGGGUUCAAUGACCCACAGAAGGAGGAGUACUUCAGGAAGAGAAUCAGUGAUCAGAGCUUGGCCAAUAACAUCAUCACACACCUGAAGUCAUUAAGAAGCCUCUACAUCAUGUGCCACAUCCCAGUCUUCUGCUGGAUUUCAGCCACUGUUCUAGAGAGAAUGUUGGGUGAAGCAGAGAGUGGAGAGAUCCCCAAGACUCUGACUCAAAUGUACACACACUUCCUCAUCAUUCAGACAAACAUCAUAGGAGAAAAGUACUCAAAGAAGCAGGAGAGUGAUGAAGAAAUGCUUCUUAAACUGGGACAACUGGCUUUUCAGCAGCUGAAGAAAGGGAACCUGAUCUUCUAUGAGGAAGACCUGAGAGUGUGUGGAAUUGAUGUGAGAGAAGCAGCAGUGUACUCAGGUGUGUGUACGCAGAUCUUCAGAGAGGAGUUUGGGCUUCACCAGAGUAAAGUGUACUGCUUUGUUCAUCUGAGCAUUCAGGAGCACCUCGCAGCUCUGUAUGUGCACCUGACAUUCAUGAUGGAAAAGAGAAAUGUUCUUAAUCAUAAUCAGGUCUCUAAAUGGUGGAUGGAAAAAAUGACAAUCUCAGAUGUACAUGAGAGUGCUAUAGAUCAGGCUUUAGAAAGUCAGACGGGACAUCUGGAUCUUUUCCUUCGCUUUCUUCUGGGUCUCUCACUGAAGUCCAAUCAGAAACUCUUACAUGCCUUAGUAACACAGACAGGAAGUAGCUCCCAGAGCAAAGAGGAAACAGUUCAGUACAUUAAGGAGAAGAUCAGUGAAGAUCUUCCUACAGAGAAAUCCAUCAAUCUGUUCCACUGUCUGAAUGAACUGGGUGAUAAUUCUCUAGUGGAGGAAAUCCAACACUACCUGAAAUCUGGAAAACAAAGUGAAUUCUCUUCUUCACAGUGGUCUGCUCUGGUGUUUGUGUUACUGACAUCAGCACAGGAGCUGGAAGAAUUUGACCUGAGUAAAUAUACCAGUACACAUAAGAUAACAGAAACUGUUCUUCUGAAGAUGAUGCCUGUGAUUGCAGCGUCCAGAAAAGCAAUUAUCAGGUGUGAUUCACUUGGAGUGAGAAGUUGGUCAGCUCUGGUCUCAGCACUCAGCUCAGAAACCUCCAAUCUGAGAGAACUGCAUCUGACUGUGAAAACACUGAAUCUGACUGGGAAUGAACUAGGAGACUCAGGAGUGAAGAGUCUCUGUGCUGUACUGGAGAAUCCUCACUGUAAAGUGGAGACACUGAGGUUGUAUAAUUGUGGUGUCUCAGAUGAAGGCUGUGCUGCUCUGACUUCAGCUCUGAAAUCAAACCCCUCACACCUGAGAGAACUGAAUCUGUCCUAUAAUAAUGUAGGAGACUCAGGAGUGAAGAGUCUCUCUGCUGUACUGGAGAAUCCUCACUGUAAACUGGAGAUACUGAGGUUGCAUGGUUGUGGUGUCUCAGAUGAAGGCUGUGCUGCUCUGACUUCAGCUCUGAGAUCAAACCCCUCACACCUGAGAGACCUGACUCUGUCCUGUAAUAAUGUAGGAGACUCAGGAGUGAAGAGUCUCUCUGCUGUACUGGAGAAUCCUCUCUGUAAACUGGAGAGCCUGAGGUUGUGUAAGUGUGGUGUCUCAGAUGAAGGCUGUGCUGCUCUGACUUCAGCUCUGAGAUCGAACCCCUCACACCUGAGAGAACUGAAUCUGUCCUAUAAUAAUGUAAUAGACUCAGGAGUGAAGAGUCUCUCUGCUGUACUGGAGAAUCCUCACUGUAAACUGGAAAUACUGUGGUUGUGUGAUUGUGGUGUAUCAGAUGAAGGCUGUGCUGCUCUGACUUCUGCUCUGAGAUCAAACCCCUCACACCUGAGAGAUCUGGAUCUGUCCCUUAAUAAUGUAAGAGACUCAGGAGUGAAGCUGCUCUCUGCUCUUAAGGAUGAUGAACAUUAUAAACUACAGACACUGAAGGUGUGAUGAACAUCUGUGUGUGUGAUGAAGACUCUGGUGUUCCUGCAUUUCACUGUUGGGGAAUAGAGAACACAUUUAUAAACACAUCACUCAUUUAAUUAUAGCACAUUAAACAGACUCAGAGACGUGAGAAGUGUGUGUUCAUCAUGCACAGUGAAUCAGCCUGCACACGAUUCUACACUGAUUGUAUAACGACCUCUGACCCCUGGAUAAAAUUCCUCAGACCUCAAUCUCAUAAAACACCUGAGGGAUUAUUAGGAACAGCAGGUGAAAAAGCACACGAACACAAGCUGAACCCAGACAGUGGAAGAGAGAGUUAAAAUGGACAGGAACAGUUUCAAGACAUUGGUGGAAUUCUGACCUGACAGGAUUGGCAUGUGAGCAGUUUAUCUGAGGAGUUUAUCUGAGGAGUUUAUCUGAGGAGUUUAUCUGAGGAGUUUAUCUGAGGAGUUUAUCUGAGGAGUUUAUCUGAGGAGUUUAUCUGAGGAGUUUAUCUGAGGAGUUUAUCUGUGGAGUUUAUCUGUGGAGUUUAUCUGUGGAGUUUAUCUGUGGAGUUUAUCUGUGGAGUUUAUCUGAGGAGUUUAUGUGAGGAAGCCUCUAGGAGACUCACUAUAAUCACAUUUCUCACUUUGUCCUUUGGUUAAUUAAUGUAGCAGUGCUGUUGUACUAAAUAUCAGCACUCUUGGAAAGCUGCUUGUACAUUAUAAUUAAUGGACCAGAACUAACUGUUGUAUAAUAUAUUUUUAAUGUGAUUUUACGUGAAUGUUUAAUUAAAUAAAUAAAAAUCAUAAUAAUUUAAUUUUUCAUUAUAUAGUUUUAAUGGUUUAUGGGAUUCUUCUGUGUUUAUGUGAUUAAUAUUUGUUUAAUAUUGUAAUAUGUUUUAAUAUCUUUACACAUUCAUAGUAAAGCUGGAUACAUAAUUAAAAUUAUAUUGUAUUAAACACUUCAAAUGUAUUGCCUAAUUGUAUGAAUCAAAUACAUUUUGAGAAAUAAAAUACAUAACUGUACAAUGCUAUUAUUUUUGUUGUUUAAAAUUAACUUCAGAAUUUAACAGGAAUUUUGUAGCAAAAUAAUUUUUCAACAGUUCUUCAAAAAUAAAUUUCUGUUUCUGGGUUCUGUUUAACUCAGCAAUUUUAGAGUGCACCUUUUUGAGGAGACUCAACUGAGAAUGAGUGUAUAUGAGCACAAACACCUUUCUGUUGUGUAUCAAUCUGUUUUUUUUAUUUUUUAUUAUUAUUUUUUUUUUACAUGUUUCCCUCUCUCAUCUAUUUGGCAGGUCAGUAGUGGAAUCUUUUUUCGUGUGUACAUUGUAGACUGGCUUUUGACUAAUUGAGAGCGUACUUAAAUAAAAUGCCUCCUCCAUCCUAACCUUUUCACCUUUUACAUUCAAUUAAUAUUCUUUUUUUUCACUAACUAGACACUCAGUGGUCAUUGUGAUAUUAUCAUAUUACCUAUUCUGGUCUGGACAAUACUCCAUAGCACACUUCUCUCUUUCUCCCCAUCAGCUGUUACUGUGAGGCAGUUUUUGGAACUUCUGACAGAUUUGUUUGUACUUUCACUUUAGAUGAACUAAAAUAUUAUUUCCCUGAUGCAAUAUUUUGUGUUUUAGACAUUCCCAUGAAGAUGGAUUGUAUGUUCUCUUUCUAGUUAGUGAACAUUACUCAUUACUAGUCAGCUGGUAUCUUAUGUACAGCUUGUUUCAGCUCGGUGCGAAUAUACAGUACAGCCUGUGUUACUCUGCACGUGUUACCUUAUUUUAUGUGCUGAGUGGGAUACAAUCAUUUGCUAUUCUAAUAUUUUGAGAUACUGGAUUUUUUUUUUUCCUUUGAGUUGUAAGCCAUAAUCAUCAGCAUUAAAACAAACAAAAAAAAAGGCUUGAAAUAUAUCACUUUAUGUAUAAUGAAUCUAGAAUAUAUGAAUAUAUGAAAGUUCUAAAAAAACAAACUUUUCCAGAAUAUUAAAAUAUUUUUUAGAUGCACCUGUACAUGAUAUUUUACUUGUCUGUUCAAUUUUAACGUUUUUGGAUCAACUAAAUAAUAAGCAAUAUGAAAUGCUUUAAGAUAAAUGUAUUGCAAUAAAUUAAAGUCACUUAACACAUGAGGCUGUAGAGUUUGGGCAUUUUAGCCGACCUCUAAUUCUGUCUAAACCGAGACCUCGGGCGCUGCUAUGGAGCUCCUUAUGUUCCAAUCCAUCAUUUUAAAUAUUUUGCUCUACAGAGCAGACAUUGUAGAACUGAGCAGAUUUGUUGUGCACAACUGGUUUAACGCUGUUAAUAACACUGUUAACUGGUUUAUUGCUGGUUUUACACUGGAUGAUAUUCAGCCCAAUUUUGCUGUUGCAGACACAAACAUACAUCAGGAAGGAUAACAUUUGGUCAUGUGUUUAGAUCGGUGGUCUUAGAACCUAUAAUGUGACAGUCACUGGCGUCCACAUUAGUCUAAUAUCUACCCAUAGGAGGAUGGUAUAUCCAUGCAUCCAUCAAUCCAUCUUCUAUACCGCUUAAUCCUUUUCAGUGUCACAGGGAAUCCUGGAGCCUACCCCAGGAAGCAACAGGCACAAGGCGGGGUACACCCUGGACAGGGUGCCAAUCCAUUGCAGGGCACAAUCACAUACACACUAACACACCCAUUCAUACACUAUGGACACCUUGGACAUGCCAAUCAGCCUACCAUGCAUGUCUUUGGACUGGGGGAGGAAACUGGAGUACCUGGAGGAAACCUUCGCAACACGGGAGAACAUGCAAACUCCACACACACAGGGCCACGGUGGGAAUCAAACCCCCGACCCUGGAGGUGUGAGGUGAACGUGCUAACCACUAAGCCACUGAGCGGAGGAUGGCAUAUGAUUAUACAAAACUCAGGGACAGAUACAAACAUGGUAGUACAAAUGGCGAAACGUAAACAAAAGAUAUUAGGUUUAAAAGAAAAGCAGUUUGUUGAAUUGUGGCAACAGACAGCGUGUCUCUAUAACAUGUCUCAUCAUACUUAUAUCAUAACAGGACAAAAAGUGACAUGACCUGGAAAGAAAUAGAGGAUUAAUGACAGUUUACAGGUGAGUAGAUAGCUAAUUAGCACACAAACGAUAUUCAUAUAGACAUAUAGAAUAUUUAUAUAGAAAUUUAUAGAACAUAAACGAUGAUCAUAUAGUUUACCAGUAGGAUGAUGUGAAGCACGAUGUGAAGUUUUCCAGUUGAAGAGCUACAAACCUGUGCUGCGUCACUGAGCCCGUAUCGCAGAACAUAGUAAUUAUCUUCAUUUAAUCUGACAUAAAGGACAUGUUAUUGUACAAUCUGUUACAGAAUUCUUAUUGGGAUCAUCUCAUAUAAGCCUUUGUUGAGAAAUGAAUGAGUCAGACGCUCAGAAUGUGGAGGAGAGAGUCCAUUUGGACCUUUCAUUUAUAUCCCAUAAAUUAAGUGAUAAUAAAGGGUUUCUCCUUUUAUGCUUCGUAAGCAGAGAGAUAAAAAGAAACAAAAACCUAGAUCAACUCAAGUUAACAUCUCUGAUUAAUAUUUUUCUAUAGUCCUACAAGGAGGUCUUAGCCCAGAUUAUAGAAUACAUGGCCAGUUUGUGUUAGUGAUGUGUCGUUUGUGAAUGAGUCAGCUCUAUGAGUCCUCUCUCGUGUUAGUUAUUUUUGUGAAUUAAUACAAGACAGAAUAAUAGGAUGAUCUUUUAGCCACACUUCACGGUCACGUGCACUUUGUGCACUAACUGAAUGUUGUGUU